GGAUACAUCUUAAGAUAAGGUUUAAAGCACGGGCACUUAGGAGGCAAGAUAUCUGAUCAUGGGAGGGCUAUGUGAUAUUUUAGGUAUUCAGAAAUGCGGUAGAUUCAUUACAGAUUAAUGAAGUUAAUCAUGCAAAUUUUUAAAUAAAACAUUUGCAUGGAGUGUGAGCUUAUAGCUGGCAGGAUAUUCAACAAGAGUACAGGACGAAAGCAGAUGGAUUUAUAAACUAGGAGUUCAUAACGGAUAUUUUUCAACGUUAAACUUUGCGAAGACUAAAACUUUGAACAUGGCAGGAAUAUCCGCCACUACACGUCAGGGGACCCAGUUAUCUGCUCGAACACGCCCAACCACUUCACUUGGUGGUGACGAUGAAGUAAGUGAAGAUCUCGUGAUCUGUAAAAUUUGUAACAGGGAACUGACGACUCCAAAACAUUUUCCGUGUCUCCAUACUUUCUGUGAAGCAUGUUUGAAUAUCCACGCCAAAGCGUCCAAGCAGUCAGACGAGAGUGCCCAGGUCAAGUGUCCGACAUGUUCCGUCCCUGCCCCGGAAUCUGCCGACACGGAUCCAGAGAAAAUUGUGGCCAAACUUCCGAUCAACAACCUGCUUCUGUCGCAUGUUAUGAAGCGCCAACUGAAGACCAAGACAUGCAAGCCAUGUAAGCGUCGAAAGAAAACGUCCACGGCAAAGUCAUGGUGCUCGGAAUGCGCCGAAGCUCUUUGUGACGAAUGUGUCGAAAAUCACGCCUCAAUACAAUCUUCGAAUCGACAUCUUGUUAUCCCAAUUACUGAAGCUGAGAAUAACCCGUUUACAAUGCAAAGAAAGAUUCUUUGCAUUGACCAUCCACGCGAGGAGGUGACGAAAUUCUGUAUGGAGCAUCAAACGGCCUGCUGUGGUAAAUGCAAGACGGGUACCCAUUCUCAAUGCACUUCGUUUCUACCGAUUGACAGAGCUAUCGAGGUCAUGAGAAAAAAGCAAGAGCUAACUGUGCUUGUGUCUCAACUGGAAACCAUGAGCAGCAACGCCGAGAAAAUAGUCACAGAAAGGAAGAAGGCUGUCGCCGAUCUUGCUUCCCACAAAGUUGAAGAAGAAAAGGUAAUCCAAACAUUUCGAACAAAAGUGAUCGAGCACGUGGACAAUCUAGAAAAGGCACUCAAAGAAGAAUUUGACGAACUUCAUGAAAGAGAGAUCAAUCAUAUUCAACAGGAUAUUGAGGUGUUCGAACAGAAACUUCAGAACAUUAACUAUUAUAAAGAUCUACUGGAUGCUGCUACAAAGAACAUUCCGCCACUCGCAGUCCUUACUGAAGGGGCAAAAAUUAGACAGCAGUGCCAAUUAUUGGAGGAAAACAUGCAACACAGAGCUGGAAAAAUCGUGAGAACACAAUAUGAGAUCAAAGAGACAGACCUUGUUUCAAAAAUGCCAAAUCUGGGGAUAGUUGAUGCGAAACACACGACAUUACACUCUGACAGAACAAUCGACCACUUGCAGUUGUCUCCUAGGUUACCAAUUCGAAUGUCAGAAAAAAGACACAACUUCUUGGCGCUCAAAUACCAAAGUAGCUUCAUAUCAGGCGGCUUUGCGAUGAACAAAAACCUAGUCUUGGUAGACAAUAAAGGCCGAGAAGUCCGAGGGUAUUCCGAGUCCGGACACAGGAUUGAUACUCAAGUAUGUCCCAUGUAUGGAAACCCCUUUGAUGCCACCCUUCUUCCGGACAGAAAGGGUAACUAUAUGAUUGCUGUCACCCUACCAGUAAUGAAAACUAUUCAGCUGCUGGAAGUGGGACCUAGGUCCUUGAGUAUCAUGGAUCGUUUCCACUUUAAGUCAGUGGAUCAAUGUUUUGGCAUUACCUUUGUGGACGGCAAACUCCUCGUCGCUUGCAUGAAGUCUAUAGAUAUGUGGGAACUUGAUGCCGAAAAUCGCCUGACUUUGGUAACAUCCAUGAAAGUCGAAGGUGAGCGAGUCAAGUACAUCUGCGCCGCUGACCACAAUCGCGUUUACUACACAGACUCCGACUUCCGGGGAGGGCUGUACUGCAUUACUACGGACGGGGGAAGUAUUUUCCGAUAUUCACACAAAAAUUUGCGAGUUCCCAUGGGAAUGGCCGUUGAUCAGCGCGGAAAUGUUUACGUGGCUGGACAUUACUCCAACAACAUCCACCAGGUUUCUCCAGAAGGCGGGCUUAUUCAGAUCAUUGCUCCGGAGGAUGACGGGUUUAAGAAACCAAUUAUGAUGAUAUCCAAUGGGGAAAAGAUCUUCUUGAGCUAUGAGAGUCACACCAUUACCUAUAUGUAUCCUUCUUAGAGCAGUCUGUUUUUCUUCUUUAAAAAGACUGUCUUUAAACCUUGAGUUUCGAUCAAUUGACUGCAAGAAAAAUCGUGUAAAACUCAGGAUUCAAAGCACACGUAUGAUGGUUUUGUGUGUGUGAUUCUUAGUUUCAAUUCAUAAAUUUCAAUAUACGUUUUUCUGAAAAAUCACAAAGUUGAUUUGUAUAUAGACAGAUGAAUCUGAAAACACUGUGUACAAACAAUCAAAAUAUUUGUUUUUCAAACAAUCAAUAGUUUUAUGUCAGAAUAAUAAAUUAAUAUUGCCUAUGAAAA